AUGGGCAGAAGGCCAGGAAUUGAGAUAGCCUUGAAUGAGCUAUGGCCAACUGUUGGGAGGAGAUAUUGUUGCAAGCAUUUAUCUGCAAACUGGAAGAAAAAAUAUCUAGGGCCGUUGAUGUAUGCACUAUUUUGGAGGGCUGCAAAUGCCACUUUUCUAUUUAAGUUAAAGAAAGCUAUGGAAGCCAUAGAGGACGCGAACCCUACGAUAAGGGAGUGUCUUGCAGAUAUUGGAGAUCAAUCAAGAUGGACAAAGUAUGCAUUUGACCCUAAUGUUUGUUGUGACGAGAACAAAACAAACUUUGUUGAGAGCUUCAAUGCAACUCUUGGAGUUGAUAGGUGCAAACCUGUUUUAACACUACUUGAGGGUAUAAGGAGGGUAACUAUGGUAAGAAUGGCCACAAGAAAGGAAAAGAGUGAAAACUGGAUAGACAUUGAUUUCUGUCCUAAUAUAGUGAAGAGAGUGAAGUCCCUGAUUUCAGACUCAAGAACAUGUAAGGCUUUCAAUUCUGGUGAUGGGUUUUAUGAGAUUAAAGAUGGUAAGUCCACCUUGUCUCAUGCUGUGAGGGCCAUUCUACAUUCAAGCCAAGAUCCUAUAAGGUUUUGCAGUGAUUGGUACAGUUGCAAAAUGUACAAGCAAGCAUAUGCAAGCACUAUUAGAUCUAUUCCAGACCUUGAGCAUUGGCCAGAGAUGCAGUUCCCACCAAUUAAGCCACCAAUGGUGAAGAGAGCAAUUGGAAGACCUGCAAAGAAUAGAAAGAGGGAAGCAGACAAAGAACAAAAAGGGAAAAGGUCUAAGACUGUGAAGUGUAGUAGAUGCAAGGAGUUUGGACACAAUGUGAAGACUUGCAAGGGUGGAUUGACGGCUAAGCAAAAGAAGGGUAAAAAGACGAUUUCUAUGCCGUCAUCUUCAAAAGCAUCCUAA